AAUGAUAUAGUAUUCAUAUUAGUUUUAGUUUAGUUGACGUGUUUAUAAAUAUUAAAUAAAAUAAAAUUCAUUGUUUAUUGUACUUGUACAUGUAUAAUUAUAAAUACAGACGUUUAGUUUAAAUAAAAUAAUGUCUCAGAAGAAAAGCUUUUUUUGUAUGAAUACAUUGAAACAAUUUGAUGCAUUUGCUAAACCAUUAGAAGAAGUUCAAAUAAAAACCGUAUGGGGUGGAAUUGUUUCUUUGGUUUGUUUCCUAACCAUUGUUUUUUUGAUGGUGUCAAAUUUAGUUGAAUAUCUUGACAACACUCCCACUGAAGAACUUUUUGUUGACACAUCGCGAAAUAAAAAGUUACAAAUACAUUUUGAUAUUAUUGUUCCUAAGAUAUCUUGUGAUUUUCUAGUUUUAGAUGCAGUUGAUAAUUCAGGUGAAACACAUCUGCAGGUUGAUCAUAAUAUUUAUAAACGGAGAUUAAAUUUAGAAGGGCAACCAAUUAGUGAUCCUGAAAAAUCUGAUGAUGUUGGCAGUAAAAAAACAUUAAAUCUCGCGUCUAUGUUAAAAUCAAAUGAAACAGAUAAUGCUAAUAAUACUGCAGCACUUUGUGGAAGCUGUUAUGGAGCUGAAAGUUUAACUAUUCCAUGUUGUAAUACAUGUGAUGACGUUAAAAGGGCUUAUAAAAUGAAAAAUUGGGAUUUCCAUCCUUAUAGUAUAGAACAAUGUAAGAAUCAAUCAUCUCAAAAUGAAAUGUAUGACAAAGCAUUUAAAGAAGGUUGUCAACUAUAUGGUACACUACUGGUAAAUAGGGUUAGUGGAAGUUUUCAUAUUGCUCCUGGAAUGAGUUUUUCGUUUAACCACAUGCAUGUUCAUGAUGUACAUCCAUUUUCAUCUUCGUCGUUCAACACAACUCACAUUAUAAGACAUUUAUCAUUUGGUCAAAAAUUAGAAUCAAUUACAAGUCAUGGUGGCAAUCCAUUGGACUCUACUGAAUCUAUUGCUGAAGAAGGUAAAUAAUUUAUAGUUUUAUAU